AUGGGAAUGUCGGCUAAGAUGGGAGACUCGGCCAACAUUCCCGGAGUUUUCUUUGCUGAUUUUGGACCAGCCCCUCCGGAAAUUACUCCAGAAGGCUAUCACGAGGUUGAACUGAACAAGACAAAAUGGGUUCUUCCACAAUGGUACAACAGUCUACGACCACUGGGAGAAGGAGCUUAUGGAGUUGUGUGUACGGCAGAAUACGAGCCAACUGGAGAUCGUGUCGCCAUCAAGAAGUUUUUCAGACCAUUUCAAAGUACAAUUCAUGCGAAACGAACGUAUCGAGAGUUGAAAUUACUUCGAACACUUCAACAUGAUAACGUUUUGGAAAUGAUUGAUGUAUUCACACCGGAUCCAGAUGCAACUUCUUUGAAUAAUGUAUACUUCGUCUCUGUUCUGAUGGGUUCCGAUCUUCAAAAUAUUCUGAAAAUCCAGCGUCUUACCGAUGAACAAAUCCAACUACUCAUCUAUCAAGUACUCCGUGGUCUCAAGUAUAUUCAUUCGGCUGGGAUUAUCCAUCGAGAUUUGAAGCCGUCGAACAUCGCUGUCAACGAAAGAUGCGAAGUCAAGAUUCUGGAUUUCGGUUUGGCUCGUGCCCAGGACACCGAAAUGACUGGAUACGUGGCAACGAGAUGGUAUAGAGCUCCGGAAAUUAUGCUCAAUUGGAUGCAUUACACACAGACAGUGGAUGUUUGGUCGGUUGGGUGUAUUCUUGCGGAACUCGUUUCUGGGAGACCGUUGUUUCCAGGCGAUGAUCAUAUCGAUCAACUUACCAAGAUAAUGUCGGUUGUGGGAACUCCCAAAGAGGAUUUUUGGUCAAAAAUUCAAUCAGAAGAGGCUCGAAAUUAUAUCAAAAAUCGACCCCCAAUUGUUCGUCAAGAUUUUGGUGCACUGUUCCCUAUGGCAUCUCCAUAUGCAAUUGAGUUGCUUGAAAUGAUGCUAAUUUUGGAUCCAGAUGAAAGAAUCUCAGUGUCAAGUGCCCUCCGACAUGAUUAUCUCCGUGAAUAUUCCGUUCCAAAUGAUGAACCAGUUGCUAUGGAUACGGUAAAAAAUAGCAUAGUAGCAACAGAUCCCGCCGAAGAGCAGGCGACCACACUUGCUGAUUGGAGAGAAUUGAUCUGGAACGAAAUUCGAUUAUUCCAAAAUUCUGCGCGUCGACUCAGUUUUGUUAGCUGUACGGACAAUGAAGAAGAGCCAAUGAAAUUAUGA